CUAUUAAAAUUGGUGUAAUCAUAGUCUGUUAUUUUGAUUCCGAACAGUUAUUUGAGAACCAAUACAAUUCAUCCAUACAUUACAGGUUUGAAAAGAGUUUAGGGAAUUUUGUUUAACUUUUAGCAGAAAUAUAAAUAGAAGCAGUUAAGUAUAGGAACAGGGAAAAGAUAUAUUAAUGGCAAUGAUUUUUAGAAAGAAAAAAUAUCUGUUUUAAUGUUCCUAUACUGUUUCCCAAAAAUAUAAAAUCGGGUCAUCACUGUAUUGAUAUCAGGUAACAGAAAUAAGUUUACCUAUUUCAUAAAACAAGUAUUGUGUGUUUUGAAUAGACAGUAUUACUUUGGCAAUAUUGGUGCAGCAUGGAAAUAAAAAUGAUAUUCAUAGGGGACAAUCUGGAUCUGUACUGUGAUUGCAACCGACAGGUAAGGCAGUUCUUCUGCUGCCACUGCCAGGAGCUGUUUUGUGACAGUUGUACAUCGGGGCAACAUUUUGACCACACUUUUCAGUCGUUGGAUAAAAUUCUAACCCCGAAUCGUGACGAUGAUGAGCAACAGCAGCAGCAGGCUAUGGAUUUGGAACAAAAUUGGUGCAAGGUGAAAACUAGUGAAAAAUCGGUUGAGGCCAGUGUCAGCGAUAUACAGAAGUCCAUUGCAGCGUUGGAUAUUCGGCGUGAGAAACAGUGA